AUGCUACGAAACAUAAUUCUAUUCCUAUUCAUUAUAUUAAUUAUCAUAAAUGAUUUCACUAGUACGGCAAAAGAUCCCUUCUUAGAAAUUCUCCUCCCUGAACGUAUGUAUAAACAUUAUAAACUGAAUGAAAAAACUGGAUAUCUUGAGAAGUUGAUUACUCCAAUAAGUUAUCUUGUCGAAAUGAUAUCAAGUGAUGUUGACGACGGUAACACCACCACCGGCACCACUAUCUUGGAUGCAUUACCACAAAGUAUAGACCAGUUAAUAAGUCCUGCUGGACAAAGCAAACUAUUUAGUGAUAUCCCAGUUGAAAGUAUGCCACCAAAACAUUAUAUGCAUUAUUUAUGGUUACAUGAAACUAGUCGACCGAUUGUUCUACCCUGUUGGACACCAUAUAAACAAGAAGUAAUCAAUUGGUAUGAAACAAACAGUGAUAUGGAGAUAACGCGUACAUGGUUUAUUGGUCAAGGACCGUCAGAAUUUUGGAGUGUAGCAACCGAUGCUGGUUAUUCAGUGGAUCCAGCUUCUGGUGCAUUAUUCAUCUCUCCAUUCCAAGGAUUAUCGUAUAGACACUCACAAUUUUCAUGUGUUAUCAAAUGGAAAGAAACAAAAAGAUCGUCGUUGAAGUUUCAUCAUAUCACUUUUGUUGAAUCACAUUCAAUUGCUUAUCAAUUUAUUCGUGAUCAUCCAUUUCAUAUUGAUAGAAAAGAUUUAUCCACGGCUACAGUGCGUUUCGAUUUUAGCGCGAUUAAUCCAUUUGUUCCAAUUUGUGGUACAUAUUCGAAAGAAGAAUAUAUGCGAACAUGUCGUGAUUCGAUUUGGGCCAAUCAGAAAUUAGAUUUAAUUCAAAAUCAAUUAACAGAUCAUAUUGAUUUCAGUAAAUGGACAGAUUUUGAAAGUGUUUAUGAAUUAUUCAAUAUUUCAAUAAUGAAAUCAUUAAGUGAUUUCUGUCAUCAGUACAGUUGUAAAAUUACAAGUGGUAUUAAAGAGACAACACAAGAAACUGAUAUUGUUAUUUCUAAAAUCAAUAUAACUCUACUUCCGAAACCUGAGAAACCAAUUGUAACUACAACAUCGACAACAGAAUUUAUUGAUGAAGAUGAAGAUGAAAUACUCACUGGAACAACAACAACAAUUCCAGCAAAUGGAACAAAUGGAACAACAUCAACACCAACACCACCGAAACCAGCACCAGCGGCAGCAAAACCAUCAGUACAGGAUGAUAAAACACCCCAUAGAGAAAAUGAGACCCUUGUACCUGGUGAAUCUAUGCCGGAAAAACCGAAACCUAAAUCAAAAAUAAUACAUAAAGCAGAAGUUGAAGGAGAAUCAACCGAACUGCCAACGCCACCACAACCAUCACCACCAGGACUUUCAGCAGAAGAAUUGUCGGCGAUUGGUGAUAUUCUAGCAUCAACCGGAAGGAAUGAUACUGAACCGCCAAAUACACCAACGAAUGACACAGCAGCAACAACAGCAGGUGAAUUAGAUGACACUGCAACAAAUGAAACAGUUACACAAAGUCCUAAAAACAAUCAAUCUGACGUAGUAGUAGUAGCAGUAAUCACAGGGGAGCCUAAAUUGAUAUCAAUGAAAACAUUUCAUUUUGAAGUUGAAUUAGAAUUUACAAAUCCAUUGAUUGAUUGUGAUAUGAUCAAGGGAAUCGUUGAACCAGAUUUAGGCGAUAUGGAUCUUAAACAAUUUCAAUUUUCUUUUGAUAAUGAACCAUUUUCACCAUUAUCUAAUAGUUUAUAUAAAUAUCAUUCAGUUGCUGUUAAAUCACGUACACCUAUGUAUUCUGAAGUCUACGGUCCAAUGAUUUGUAUAAAUUCAAGCACUACUCCAAGAAGAUAUGAACAAACUGCAGAAAUACAAUUUGCUGAUGGUACUGGAUGUUUUAUUAAGUUAGACUGUAAUGAAUCUCUGUGUGAUAUUCGAUUCAAUUUGGACGGUUUUACAGAUCGAUUAAUCUUCACAUACAAUAAACGUGCUUAUUAUAAUCUUAUAAAAACGGAUCCAGAUUUAUUGGAGACAAGUGAUCGUGUGAUUUACACGUUAAUCGGUGAAACAGUAACUCAUUAUGAUGAACGUAUACAUCAUAAAAAUAUGGGUUCAACACAAAGACUGUACUUAUAUAAAUAUCAUUUACGACUUGGUGAAUAUGAGAAAACAUUGGAAAGUCUGGAAAAUUCUCAUCAAUGUCAAGGUAGACAAUUAUCUUUGAAUAGUCCAACUGAUGACGUAACAGUUCGAAUUAUGAGUUGGACAAGUGAUGAGAUAAUUGGUCCAUCAUUUGAAAAGACUAAACGAUUUAUUGAUCGUAUGCUUCAACCUUGUGGAUAUGAAGAGACUGUCAGCGUUAGAAAUCGUGAAGCUACUACAGUUAACGCCAGUGUAACAAAUAUAACAGAUACUACUGUUAAUAAUACAAGUAGUAAUAGUACUAUUUCUCCUAAUGCUACUCCGAAUGCUACUAUCCCUAAUACAAAUACUACUACUACUUCUACUGUUAGUAGUAUGAAUAAUGAAAACAAUAAAAGGCCUUCAUUAUCGCCAUUAUCUUAUGUAACAACUGAAUAUCAACUACCAUAUCAUCCAACUUAUAUAUUACCAAGAUAUCCUGUUAACGACAAGCCAUAUCGUCAGUAUUAUUCACUAAGAGGAAGAUUAUGUUCCACUCCAUGUGAUCCAUCUGAUGGCACACUAAAAUGUCAAACCAGUAAUGUUUCAUCAAUUAAACCGCAGUACUGUGCAUUAGCUAGUCAAUAUUGUAAUCAGCCGAGUGAUAAAAUGUCUCGUCUUAAUGCUGAAGAAAUUGUGAAUGAAGUUGGAGAAGUAUGCUCAUUUACUGGUGCUAUACAUUCGCAUUCACAUACAAUGGAAUGUAAGGGAAAGAAGAGUUUGAUUGAUAUGAGAAGUUUGCUUGAACCUGACGCUAAAGGUGAUUGUACAAUGAUACAAAUUGAUACAGACGCUGAUAUCCGAUAUAAAGUUGAUCCAAUUUAUAUUCAAAUGAAACCAGUCAUGAAGUUAUGCAAAGAAAAGCGUACCAAGAAAAUGACAACAGAUCAAAUCUAUACAGAUCGUAUUACUUAUUCACCACGAUUUUGUCCCCUGGGCACUUAUCUUACUGAUUACAAUAAACGUGAAUGUAUUCCAUGUCCACCAGAUACAUAUGCAGAUAUUCAAACAAGUAAUCAGGAAUGUGAACCAUGUCCAAUGAAUCGGCCAAGUACAUUUUCAAUUGAAGGCUCUGUAUCAUCACAAUGCUCGAAUGAAUUAGUAGGGAAAUUACAAAGGAAAUUUUUUGAUUAUAAAAAUGAAACAGGUAAUGAAAGUUUAUCAGUUGAUUUUGCCUGGUCAUCAUCAUUAAUUCAACAACGUCUUUACAAUGAAACGCUGGACUGGCUUGCACCAAAACCAGAAUUUUUAGAAAAACAACGUCAAGCUGUUGCAGCAUUCCGCAGAAUGACACAAAUCACCUUUUCAUCCAGUGAAUUGGCUUUAAUUAUCAUCUUAUCUAUACCGAUAGCAAUAUUCGGUGGAACAUUAUUUAUGGUGAUUAUAUUCGGUUUGAGUAGACGAAUUAAAUGUCCAAUUGACGAUCAGAUGGAUACAAUGAAAGAAAAGCUGUCUGAUAAAAAACCAAUAUUGAUUAUUGAACAAAUUGCGCAUAAAUUAUUUUGUGCAGUUAUCAAAUUCCCUUUAAUGGUUUCUUCACUUAUGUCCAGAUUAAUUUCACGUAUCAUUGAAGAACUUGGUGAUUUACCCUAUAAAAUCAAACAUAGCCAAUUGUUUAAAUCUUUCCAAGAAAAUCUUAAAUCUUUUCAAGUAGCUGUAUCAAAACAAGUCUAUCGUCGACCAACAUUUGUACUUACAGAUAAUUUUAAUCAUUUAGUACACACGCUAACUGAUAUCAUGAUCAAUCGUAUCACAGAGACAGCUUUGAAUGAUUUAAAUUAUCAACGUAAACAAAAGUUGAAUAUUGAACAAAAGCUUAAACAACACAUUCAAGCGUAUAAUCAAGCUAAACAGAAGGCUGACAGUGCACAAACUGCUUUAAAAACGCUAGAAAGUGAAUAUCAGUUGGCUAGUAAACAAUCAAGUCAACAAAUCAAUAAUGAAACGCCUAGAAAAGAGGAAUUACCCUCAAUCAAAACGGAAUAUGAAAAUAAACUCGCUAGAGCGUUGCAUUUAAUUGAAACUACCCAACAGGAAGUUAGUCAAAAGCGUAGAGAGUUAGCCCAAGCUGAAAUGAAACUCCUGUCAUCAGAAUCACCAAUAUCAGAAAGUGCUGAACACUUGGUAUUUAAUGAAGAUGAGAAGUCGAUCUAUUAUGCAGCACCAGAACUGAGGGCUUACCUUCGUCUACCACGUCACUAUAAUGAUGCUUUCUUCUUACUGCAUCCAAAAUUGAAGAUAAAUGAAAUGAAACGGAGUUUUCAUUCUGGAAUAUGUUCUCUACAAUACGAGUAUGAUGAAAGAAUCUUUGGUCAGUCGCAGUGUACUAGAAUUGUAAAUAAAAUAUUGGAGUCAGCUCCAUAUAUUACAUGGGGUUCUGAAUGGGGUUGUUAUGAUUCAUUACUACCUAUAAAUAUUACUGGUUACUAUCAAAUUUAUACAGAACCAAUAGAAAUGGUUACAAUGGGUUUAGCUGCUCACACGAAUGCAUAUUGUUCUGUGAACAGCCUGCAUAUUAGAAAUGAAGUACCAUUGGUUUGUCAAAUGAAUAUCUUCGGUGGAUACAGUUGGUGGGCAGUUAAAGAACAUUCAUGUUCAGUUCCAGAAUUUGAAUUGCCACUAUUCAGUGAAUUAAUUGAAUAUAGGGAAAGUCCAAUCUAUUGUUCAUUACGCAUAUUUUUCUUAUAUGGUUAUAUGAAAGUUGGUCUAGACAGUAUUACAACACGAAUUGAGAAUACACUGGAAACACUGUCACAAGAUUGUCAAUCUCACGAAAAAUGGAUAUUUGAAAGUAUCUAUAAAGAUUUACUCAAUAUAUUCGAUCUGCUUAUUUAUCAUUCAGUGCGAAAAAGAGAUAUGUUUUAUGAGACUAAAUAUUCUCCGAAGAUCUAUCAAAUAAUGUUGCUUUUCAACAGUUAUUUUAGUAGUUAUUUCAAUAUGAAUACAGCAGAGGCGUAUCAUCGCAGUCGAUUCAUACACUGGUACACUUAUCCAGCAGGUAAAAAUGUUAGAGUUGUAGAUUGUGGACCAUACUUUAAAGUUAGUGGACUGCAGUUGGAUGGUGGAAUCAUGUAUACGUGUUUGGAUGGAUUACCUAUUAAAGAGCAGUAUGGACCUUCAGCUCUCAUCACGAAUGGUUUUAUAGGCAUUAAUAAAACUAAUACAACGAACUAUCAUGUGAAAAUAACCUUUCUUGGACUAUUAGAUAAACCAUUACCACGUUAUGCUUGCUUAUAUCAACAUUUUGAUUAUAAAAGUUAUCCAGCAGAAUUAAAUACAGUCUGUAAAUUUGAUUCCACAACUGAUAACAGUAUGACAUGUUUAUGUACAAAGCCUGGAUUCUAUGCCCUGUGUCAGAUUGAGUAUACAAGUAUGAUAUGGCGUCCGAAGAAUAAAUUAAAUAAUUAUUCAAUUAUACUUUUACAUGCAACGGUCAUAAUUACAAUGAGUGUUUUGAUGUUAAUUAUACUGCAUAUUCGAUGCUCAGCUGCAGCAAGUAGGAUCUAUGCAGGUCCAAAGCGAAGAAAAACUUGGCGAAAAUAUAUGUGCUUUUUAGAUCUUAUCCUUCAACAAUUUAUUAUUUAUAUAUGUAUGCUUGGCACUCAACUGAGUGCUAUUCGUCAUGCAAAGAAAACUAGUUGUCAGUUACUAUGGGCUAUCAGUGGUGGAUGUUAUUGGAUAUCAGGAUUACUCAAUUUAGUUCAUUCCAUUAUCACUUUCUCAGCAAUAAGAAGUUAUAAUCUAUACAGAUUAUGUAUUAAAUUGACAAUUGUCACUUAUGCAAUUGGUAUAAUGAUAGUCGCUUCUUUCUAUGCUACUGUCUUACACCAUGAUACAACGGCGAACUGUUUACCAAAAAAUCUAAAGUAUUUGACUGCUAUACCAGUAUUAUCAUUCCAUGUAAUCAGUUUUAUAUUCCUCUCAACCUAUUGGAUAUUUCGUCCUUACCAUUUUAUUGAUGAAUGGAUUGGAAAUUUUAUAAAUACAGUGACUGGUUUCGUGCUAUGGAUACCAUUAGCAACAAUGGAUUCAUCGAACGAUUCUUCUUUGCAUUAUGAUGUCACAUUAACUAUGCUUAAUAUAAUAAGAGCUCUAAUUUUUGCUGUUUAUCAAAUAUUCUUGAAAUAUAGCAUAUUAGGAUAUUAUUAUCGAUUUUUGGGAUUUUGCGUAUUAUACUGUCGUAAAAGACACAGUCAUAGACUACGUCAAGAUUAUAUGGGGAGUGAAACAGCUUCAUCGAUACGAUCCUAUCAGGAAUUGAUUUUUCCAUCGACAAAAUAUCGGAAAAGAUCAUCGGUAAGUUAG